AUGGAGGCAUUAGAAACUAGUAUAAACUACUGGGAAGACGCGCUGGCAGCGUUCUCUCUAGGCGCGCGAGGAGGAGUAUCUGGUACACUCGCGCUCACUUCACCUGAAGAAGCAGAGUUUUGUAGAGAAAUACAGGAACUCCUGCAAAAUGCCUAUCUCUUGCAGGAACGUUGCGAGCUACUAUUCCUGGACCAGCGGUCGGUGCUGUUCCGGUCGGAGAGCGGCGGCGGUGGCGGUGGCGGUGUUGUCGGCGGGGGCGAGGGCGGGGAGGCGAUGGCCGGUCGGCGCGUGCGCCUGCUGUCCACACACACCGGCUCCUCGCACACACGCCGCGAACAUCACUCUAGCAUUGAAUCUUUUGCUUCCGCUGAAGAUCAGGUGGCAGAUCUAAGAGAUUUCGACGAUCUAACUGAAGCUUUACCAGAAUUAGAAAAUUUUGAGUUGUAUCAGGCAGCAGUCAAACACUUUGAAAAUGGUAUUCCUUACAGAACGCUACGGACGGAGGUGGUACAAUGCAGUUCAGACAGUGAGUUCCUGUGCAAGCUGCACUGUCUCCGCCAGGCCUUUACCCAAGUGUUCAGGGACGCGGCCGUCUGGGCCUGGUUCGUGGACGCCGGCCGGCAAGUCCUCACUGACCUACUGCUGUUUGCUGACAAGGAACCGAAGGAGUUCCUUGUAGCUUAUGAAGAGAUGGUCUCGUGGGCGACGGAUGGCUCAAACUGGGCAACCAUUGAAAGUGAACUCACUACUAAAGGUGUUAAGGCGCUAACAUUCUACGACGUGGUGCUGGACUACAUCCUGCUGGACGCGUUUGAGGACCUCGCCUCCCCUCCCUCCUCAGUGCUCGCAGUCGUACGUAACCGGUGGCUCUCAGAUGGAUUUAAAGAAAGUGCUCUAACAACAGCCGUGUGGUCCGUUAUUAAAGCUAAGCGACGAUAUCUACAGUACCCUGACGGCUUCAUGGCACAUUUCUACUCCAUCUCGGAGCAUCUGUUGCCUGUUCUGGUGUGGGGUUUCUUGGGACCCAACGAGCGGCUUCGCGACGUGUGCGAGAGCUUUCAGUCAGAGAUUGUCGGCUUUAUAGCAGACCUAUUUAACUUCCAAAAGAGUCGCUACACAAAUGUGGACGACCUCUCUGUGGAUAUACUUCAGCAUGCCAGGUUAAGAUGCGCCAACAUUACUGAUAAGUUAGCGGAAAGAAAUUAA